AGGUAAUUGAAACCAACCCUAAGCUCUUUUUAUCUCCGCCCUAAAGGUAGCCCUGAUUAUUGCUGACUUAAGCAUCGGAGUGUCUACCCCGAGUUCCACCUCGGGGCUUUGCAGGUCAUCCCGGAGUGCAAGCGCGGACUGAAGAAGAACUUCUGGUUUGGUGCAAUUACAUUGGCGCCAUCUGUGGGAAUCGAACUGAAAGCUUUCUACUUGCCCUUUCAUCAUGGUUCACACUCGAUCAGUCCGAGCUGGUAAUUCAUCUCUGCCUCAUGGGCAAGAAGGGGGAGAUGAAAACCAACCCCAUACCUCAGCUCACAAUUCCACUUCCACUGCCAAUCAAGACGUAGUGGCAGCUCAACUUGCUGCCAUGCAGCAACAGUUUGGUGUUUUUCAGUUGGUACUGGCUCAGCUUUUAGCUAGAAAUAAUCCUGGUGAUCCCCUCAUUAAUUUAUUAAACCCUACUCAACAACCCCCAGCUCCACAACAAAAUCCUCAACCGAUUCCACCUGCUCCCGUUAUUAGUGAAUCUCAGGGUCAAUCCCAUAUAGCACCUGCUCAGCAACCCAUCCCUGAUGAUGUCACCCGACGCCUCGAUAGCUUGGAAAAGCUAGUAGCUGAACACCGAGGUGCUCCACCCCCACACCAUGCUGCUGAUUCUAUACCUCACCCUCUGAAUACCAACAUUACGCUGGAACCCUAUCCCAUUGGCUUCAAAAUACCACAACUGGAGACUUAUGAUGGGACAAAGGAUCCCGAUGAUCACCUGCAUGCUUUCUACUCUUGCAUGCAAGCUCAGAACGCCUCUGACGCGUUAAUGUGCAAAAUAUUCCCCUCUACUCUACGAGGUAAUGCUCGAACUUGGUAUUACAGUCUACCUCCGAGGUCAAUUAGUUCUUACACAGAAAUGGCAUCUGCCUUUGCCACUAAGUUUUCCAGUAGAAGGUUGAUUAGGAAAACUACUACUGAAUUGAUGCGAGUUAAACAGAGGGACGGAGAGUCUCUGAAGAACUACAUGAGCAGGUUUAAUGAUGCGGUGUUGGAGGUUAGUUCCUUCGACCAAGCUGUGGGUAUUGCAGCUGUAAUCUCUGGUCUCAAACAUGAUAGGUUCAGAGACAGUUUGAUCAAACAUGCUGCCACCACCUUUAGCGAGGUGAACGAUAGGUCUCUGAAAUUUAUAACUGCUGAGGAAUACGCCCUGGCGCAAAACCCACCUUCCUCUAAGAACCAGAACCCAGAAUGGAGAGAUGACAAUCCGAACCGAAAAAGGAUGAGAAUGGCGCAGAACCGAGGUCCAAUGUUGACCUCCCCAACGAGAUUCGGAAAGACGAACUCAACUCCCCCGCACCAAUCUGCAGGUAAACCUCCAGUUAAUUGGACUCCUUUUAAUCUGCCAAGAGAGCUGAACAGCCGAGGUUUAUCAGAGAACAGAGGCCGCAACCUCAAGGAGUCCGCAAUCCCCCAAAUAGGCGGUGUGGGAUAUCAGCAAACCCCACCUCCGCUCCCACCACCAGCUAGAAUCAUACAUAUGAUUACGGGAGGCCUUGAAGCAGGUGGACUGAGCUCUAAGCAGCGAAAGCUAUAUGUCAGAGAGGUUAAACAUCAAAACCGAGCUCAGAAGCGGAAGAUUGACGACGCUGAGUGGAAGAACCAACCCAUUACUUUCACAUCUGUUGAUCUUGAUACAAUUAUUACACCCCACAAUGAUCCCUUGGUCACUUCUGUAAUGAUUAAUAACUGUGAAAAGUAUGAUGGUCCUAUCUAUGGUUUCAACAACCAGCCUGUUCCGGUAGAAGGAGUUCUUACCCUCCAUGUGGCUUUUGGAAGUGGCAGAACCUAUGUGACUCCUUCAGUCCGGUUCCUCGUAGUCAAAAUGCCGUCUUCUUUCAACAUUGUUAUUGGCCGACCCACACUAACUGAAAUCCGAGCUGUGGUUUCCCAGUCUCACCUCUGUAUGAAGUUCCCAACUCCUAUGGGAAUAGCAACACUGCGAGGAAACCAAGAGGUGGCCAGGCAUUGUUAUACCACCUCCGUAACACAACCCAUGAAGGGCAAAGCUCAGACACCCGAGGCCAUUCCCCAGCGAAUUUCUGAUAAUCAGCAAGUUAUGGGUGUUGAGAUCGUAGAUAAUCGACUGGAAGAUGAAACCAGAGCUGCUCCGGUCGAAGAUGUUGAAGAAGUGCUCAUUGAUGACAGAGAUCCGAGCCGAAAGAUGCAGAUCGGAACUAGAUUGAACCCAGAGGAAAGGGCAAAGCUAAUAGCUUUUCUUCGAGCUAAUAAUGAUGUAUUCGCAUGGACUUCGGCAGACAUGCCAGGAAUUCCAAAUUCAGUCUCUCAACAUAAGCUCAGCACCAAUCCAUUGAAGAAACCAAUGGCCCAGAAGCGACGUCUCUUCGGGGGUGAGAGGCUUCAGGCUAUUAAAGAAGAGGUAACGAAGCUCCUACAGGCUGGUUUUAUCAAGAAAGUUGAUUACUGUGAAUGGGUGGCUAACCCAGUUCUGGUGAAAAAGGCAAAUGUUGAAGCGGCUUCAAGCAAUGAGAGGUUAAGCCUCUUCGACGCAUACUCGGGGUAUCACCAGGUGCCAAUGGCUCCAGAAGACGAAGAGAAAACCGUGUUCUAUGCUGGCGAUGAAAUUUAUUGUUAUGUCAUGAUGCUGUUCGGCUUAAAGAACGCAGGUGCUACUUACCAGAAAAUGGUAACCAUUGUCUUCCACGCUCAGAUUGGCAAGAAUCUGGAAGUAUAUGUCGACGACAUUGUGGUAAAGAGCCUAAAAGCAGAAGACCAUCUCGCCGACCUCGACGAAACCUUUAACAACCUCAGAAAGAACAGGAUGCGGUUAAAUCCAGCCAAAUGCAUCUUCGGAGUGGAGUCCGAAAAAUUUCUAGGUUUCAUGGUGUCCCGAAGGGGAAUUGAGGUCAAUCCAGAGAAGAUAAGAGCAAUUGCCGAGAUGGAACCGCCGAAAUCAGUGAAAGAUAUACAGAGGUUAACUGGAAGGGUGGCAGCUCUGCAUCGGUUCAUAUCAAAGUCAGCAGAUAAAUGUCUACCGUUUUUCAAAAUUAUGAGCUCACCGCCUCUGUUGACUAAAGCUAUAGAUGGAAAGCUUCUAUACUUGUACCUGGGGAUUUCAGAUGAGGCCAUUAGUUCAGUUCUGGUGAGAGAAGAAGCUAGGCAGCAGAAACCAAUUUAUUAUAUCAGUAGCGUGCUGCACGGAGCAAAGCUGAGAUAUCCUAUAGCUGAGAAAGCAGCAUUAGCAGUCGUCACUUCAGCCAGGAAGUUGAGGCCAUAUUUCCAGUCACACCCAAUUAUCGUUCUCACCGACCAACCUCUCAGGCAAAUUCUGCAGAAACCAGAGUGCUCUAGAAGACUAAUUAAGUGGGCAGUAGAGCUGGGAGAGUUUGAGAUAACAUUUCAGCAGAGAUCGGCCAUCCGAGCUCAAGCAUUAGCAGAUUUUAUUAUCAAAUGCACCCCAUGUCCUUCAAACUCUAAUCCAGAGCCCAACGACUGGACCUUAUAUGUUGACGGAGCAUCUAGUAGCAAGGGUUCAGGGGCUGGCGCUCUCUUGGUUGGUCCAGAGGGAUAUCGAGGCGAACAUGCUCUGAAGUUCAAUUUUGGUGCAACAAAUAACAUGGCUGAGUAUGAAGCUCUGCUACUUGGUCUACAGCUAGCAUUGCAGUUGCAAAUCAGUGUAAUUCAAGUGUACAAUGACUCCCAGUUGGUGGUAAACCAAAUCAACUCAAUCUAUGAAGUUGUUGAUCCUGUGAUGGUAAAGUACGUAGCCUUGGUGGCCGAGCUGAAGUGCAAAUUCCAGAAAUUCUGUUUGAGUAAAAUUCCCCGAGCUGAGAAUGAACAGGCAGAUUUACUCUUCAAGUUUGCCUCUGAUAGCUCUUUAAGUUCUAGAUCCGUUUUUGUGGAGGUCUUAGAGGAACCAAGCUUCAUGAAGCCCCGGAUGAUGGAGAUUAGCACAAACCCUGACACACCGAGCUGGACUGACUCAAUUAUCUCCUUUUUGCGAGAUGGAAUAGUACUUGAGGACAGGCAAGAGGCGAUGAAGUUGAGGAAGAAAGCAUCUCGGUAUACACUUGUUGAUGGGAUCCUCUAUAAGAGAUCUUUUUCACUUCCUCUUCUACGAUGCUUGAAUCCCUACGAAGCCGAGUAUGCACUUCGAGAGGGAUAUUACUGGCCAAACAUGUAUAAGGAUGCCACUCACUUUGUUCAGAAAUGUCCGAGGUGCCAAUUCUUUGCACAUCUAACUCACCAACCUGCAGAAGAACUCACGAACUUGGUAGCACCAUGGCCAUUUGCACAGUGGGGACUAGAUCUUUUAGGUCCAUUCGUGAAAGGGGUUGGUGGUGUAACCCAUCUGGUUGUUGGUGUGGAUUAUUUCACAAAGUGGGUAGAAGCUCGGCCUUUAUCUAGUCUUACCUCCAAGAAGGUCGAAGAUUUCGUUUUUAGCUCGAUCAUUUGCAGAUAUGGAAUCCCGAAUCAAAUUGUGGCUGAUAAUGGAACUCAAUUCAAUUGCUCCUCAUUUCGAGAUUUCUGUUCCAGUUAUGGGAUCAAGGUACAGUUCACCUCCGUCUACCAUCCGGAGUCCAAUGGCAUGGUGGAAUCUGUUAACAAAUGCAUUUUGGAAGGAAUAAGGCCGAGAUUAGAGCAGCAUAAAGCCAAGUGGGCAGACAAGCUCAACAACGUCCUCUGGGCAUACAGAACCACGAGCCGAACUGCCACAGGUGAAACACCCUACCACCUAGCCUUUGGUACCAAAGCAGUCAUUCCUGUUGAAAUAGGAGUCUCAAGCUUCCGGGUCACCCAUUUUGAUGAAGGGCGAAAUGGACAACUGCUUCGGGAAAACCUUGAUCUGCUUGUUGAAGUUAGAGAAGAAGCUCGGCUUCAAACUCUUGUAUACAAGCAAAAGCUAGCCAACUUCUACAAUAAACGGGUCCGCCCUCAAACUUUCAAAGUAGGAGAUCUUGUUCUCAAAAAAGCUGGCCUAACAGGGUUUGAAACUCGUUUUGGCAAACUCGCCCCGAAUUGGGAAGGCCCUUGUACCGUGGCUGAGGUGCCACAUCCUGGUGCCUAUGUCCUCCAAGACGCUGAAGGAAAGAGAGUUCCUAGAGUCUGGAAUGUCAAUAACUUGAAGAAAUUUUACCCCUAAUAGAAUUCUUUCAAGAGAUCUAUGUCUUACAGUUCUUAUUUCAUAUUUGUCGAGAUUCAUUUUACGUCUUAUUCUAUGUAUCCGAGGUCAAUCAGUCUAUUCAUUCCUUGAACCUCACUUCUAAUUAAUAAAUGCCACUUCACAUA